AAUCUCCUCUCAACUUUCUCCCAUCUCCUCUCAACUCUCUCUCUCUCUCCAAAAUACAAUGGCAACUACUCUCUUUAUUCUAUUCCUAUUGCCCCUUCUAGCUCCAAACUUCAUUUCUUGUUCACCAGUUCAAGAUCCUGAGAAAGUAGUACAAGAAGUGCAUGAGCGCAUCAAUGCGUCAAGAAGGAAGUUGGGAUUCCUUUCUUGCGGCACAGGCAAUCCCAUCGAUGACUGCUGGCGGUGCGACCCCAAUUGGGAAAAAAACCGCCAAAGCCUAGCAGAUUGCGCGAUAGGGUUUGGCAAACAUGCCAUUGGCGGUAGGGAUGGUAAAAUUUACGUGGUCACGGAUUCAGGAGAUUACGAUGCUGUGACCCCGAAACCUGGCACACUUCGGUAUGCCGUCAUCCAGGAGGAGCCAUUGUGGAUCAUAUUCGAGCGUGACAUGGUGAUCACGCUCAAGGAAGAGCUCAUCAUGAACUCUUUCAAGACGAUCGACGGUCGAGGCGCGAGCGUCCACAUUGCUGGUGGGCCCUGCAUUACUAUACAGUAUGUGACCAACAUUAUCAUCCAUGGUGUGAAUAUACAUGAUUGCAAGCAAGGAGGGAAUGCUAAUGUGAGGGACUCCCCAAAUCACUAUGGGUGGAGGACUAUAUCGGAUGGUGAUGGGGUAUCGAUUUUUGGGGGAAGCUAUGUUUGGGUGGACCAUUGUUCCUUAUCUAACUGCAAUGAUGGACUCAUUGAUGCCAUUCAUGGAUCUACAGCAAUCACCAUCUCUAACAACUACAUGACCCACCACAACAAGGUCAUGCUCUUGGGCCACAGUAAUACCUACACACAGGACAAGAAUAUGCAAGUUACCAUAGCCUUUAACCAUUUUGGCGAGGGGCUUGUGCAAAGGAUGCCAAGAUGUAGACAUGGAUAUUUUCAUGUGGUGAACAAUGACUAUACCCAUUGGGAAAUGUAUGCAAUUGGUGGCAGUGCAAAUCCAACCAUCAACAGCCAAGGGAAUAGAUUUCUGGCUCCCAAUGACAGGUUCAGUAAAGAGGUUACCAAACGCGAGGAAGCACCAGCGAGUGAAUGGAAGAAUUGGAACUGGAGAUCAGAAGGAGACCUAAUGUUAAAUGGCGCAUUCUUCACAGCAACCGGUGCAGGAGCGUCUUCUAGCUAUGCUAGGGCGUCAAGCUUGGGCGCAAGGCCCUCAUCGCUCAUAAACUCAUUGACAUCGGGAGCUGGUGCACUCAAUUGCAAGAAGGGCUCGCGCUGCUAAUCAACGGCUGAGCCACAAAUAGGGGGAAAAUAAUUCAUCAAAAUUGUAUUUAUAAAAGCAAGUUUAUUAAGUGUUUUUUGGCUUUUUUCCAUUUUCCUUUUGCAUGAUUGUUACAAGCUCAGCCUGUUUCAAAGAGUACCACCAUUUGGGGUAUUAAGUAUUGUGUUAGAAACCCUAAUGAGAUGAGAAAGAAACAAGAGCUGAAGUGUAGAUGAAUUCAAAUUCCAGUUUACUAUUGUUGUGAGAUAUACAUAAUCGUUUAUAGAUGGGAUUUUCUUGUGUCA